ACAAUUCAUCAUCAUGUCCGAUUUCCCGCGUCAAUCCGUUCCGAAUCUCUACCCAGACGCAGCAGGCCACGAAUCUUCAGCCGGGAAUGAGACAGGCCCAAGUCCUUGUCCAUGUCGAUAGCCCCCCAGACAAUGCCCCUCCCCCUCCCCAGAAUCUCCUCACCUACGGAUACGGAUACACGCUCAUACGCUUCACCCGCGUCUUCCCAACCAAGUCGAAUUCCAGCUCGCCCAGCCAGGCAGAGGACUCAACUAUCAAAUCUCGAGACCUUUCCCGCCGCCCCCCUGAAUUGCCGCUCGAUCCCAACGGCUGUCACCGGAUUCUCCCUUGCUUCCAGCCAAUGUAGCCCAACCUUCAAGUUUCACAGCGUGGGCAAAUCUGUUAAAAUCACUCACCUUCACUGCUAUACGAUUUUCCAUACCUUUCAUCCCAAGCUCUAUUCUUUAUCCGUAGACCAGGUCUGGAUGCCUCGUCGUCGGCCUGUUUAGGCCGUUCAAUUUAUCCUUCUCACUAUACCGAAACCCCCUCUUCAAAAGUCCCCCCCGCCUCCGGUCUUUCAUACGAACCCCAUACGAUCUCUCGAUAUGGUGUAGUUCGUCGAUGGCGUGGCCCCCUCUUCCCCUCCAUCUCCACGAAUCCAGUCUGUCGGCUUGUGCCCCUCGU